AUGGACGAUUACACGAGAGAGAUGAUGGACCUCAAAACCCUCGUGACUCGCACUCUUGAGAAGAAAGGCGUUCUCGCUAGGAUCCGAGCUGAAUUAAGAGCUAGUGUCUUUGAAGCUAUCGAAGAAGAAGAUCGUGUCAUCGAAAAGGAUCAAGCUCUGCCUCCUGCAUUGUUAGGUAGCUGUAACGAUCGUGCUAAACAGCUUCACGCUUCUCCUUCUGGUAGACUUCUUACUGCACUGGUAUGUGAAUACCUUGACUGGGUACAGCUUACUCACUCGCUAAAAGUUUAUCUUCCAGAAUGUAAUUUGGAGAAAGAUUUUUGGAAGUCUGAGUUGAAAGAGUUUAGUAGCAAAAAUGGAUAUGAUCUUAAUAGAAAUGGAGACAGUCCCGUGCUCUUGGAUGUGCUUGAAGGAUUCUUGAAAUUUGAGAACUUAUCCCAAGCAAGGGCUAGUGGUAGGAGGUUUACUACUUCAGAAACUGAGCCUUUGCCAAACUCAGAAUCACGGAACACGCGAAGGCAUUCUUCAUCAUCUGUUGCUGGUGGCUUACCUCCACUAGGAAGGUGCAUAGCUAUACUCAGUAUCAUUUAG